CUUCGAGUAGUUCAAGUAUUUGCCGUAUCGUAUUAGUUUUAAACUGUAUAAACCAAUUACUUGGACGGAAAUUUCGAGAUGCCUCAGGCGCGGCGGAAGACGCCGUUUAGCGGCAAAGCGAAGAAGCAGCAGCUGCAGUCUAAGAAGCAGAAUAAAACCCUGUUAUUAUCCACCACACCAGGGGAGUCUGGACAGGAUGUGAUGUCGGUGAACUACCAGCCAUCACGGGGCGGCAGGGACCGCAACAGAUACGCUCUCAAGUUCUUCAGGGAGAGUGACGCAGAGCUCAAGAUGAAGAAAGAGGAUGCUUUGAAAGCCCUGAACCCCGUCCCGGAGACAGAGCUGGAGGUGGACCCUCACGUCUACUUCCCCGAAGACCUGGCCUUCCCCAAGCGGCCCCCGUGGGACUUCAGCAUGUCUCCCGCGCAGCUGGACGCCCAGGAACACAAGUAUUUCACGGAGUACAUAAACAGCCUGCAAGCCACCGAGUACUGGAAGCAGAUGUCCUACUUCGAGCUCAACCUGGAGACCUGGAGGCAGCUCUGGAGAGUUCUGGAGAUGUGCGAUAUUCUGCUGCUCAUAGUGGAUGUCCGGUUCGCGGGCAUGAUGUUCCCCCCCUCCCUCUACAAGCACGUAAUGGAACAGCAGAAGGACAUGAUCCUGGUGCUGAACAAGGUGGACUUAGUGCCCGCGGCCGCGGUGGUUGCCUGGAAGAAGUACCUCACUGAAACAUGCCCUGGACUCAAAGUUGUGUAUUUCACUUCAUGUCCGGGGUAUAAUCUGAACGGAGCCACUAGCGAUAAAGCGGGACUCCAAGUGCGUCGAAGGCGCGGCCGCCAGCGCAUGUGCGCCGAGGGCGCCACCAAACUCCUGGAGGCGUGCCGCGAGCUAGUCGGCUCCCACGUGGACCUUGGCUCCUGGGAGGACAAGAUACGGGAGGAGACCCAUGUGGAGUUCGACUACGACGACCAGGCCGAAGUUGGCGAAACAAUACUCCAAGAAGCCGAUACGUCCUACUAUAAGCACGAAAAAUACAAAAGCGGCGUCCUAACCAUAGGCUGCGUGGGCCAACCGAACGUGGGCAAAUCCUCCCUGAUGAACGCCAUUAUGGGCCGUAAGGUGGUCUCCGUGUCUAAGACCCCGGGACACACGAAGCACUUCCAGACCAUAUUCCUGACGCCACAGGUCCGUCUGUGCGACUGCCCCGGGCUGGUGUUCCCGUCCCUGGUGCCGCGGCCUGUUCAGAUACUUAUGGGCGCGUACCCCAUCGCGCAGCUGCGGGAGCCCUACACCACCAUCAGAUAUCUCGGCGAAAGGCUAGACCUCCCAUCGCUGCUCCGCAUGGACCACCCGGAGAACGAUGAUACGUGGUCUCCGAGAGACAUUUGCGACGGGUGGGCUAAAAAGAAAGGCUAUCUCACCGCUAAGGCUGCUAGACUGGAUACGUACCGAGCGGGCAACAGUCUCCUGCGUAUGGCGCUCGACGGCAAGAUCUGCCUGUGGCUCCGCCCGCCCGGGUACACGGACAAUAGAGAAUCAUUCGAAACCGCCGACGAGCUGAAAUACGUGAAAUGGGUCCAAGCGCUAACAUCGGAAUCGGUGCAGCCGGUGACAAGCGAGAGCUCCGACGAGACGGACACACAGACGGACGCGGACGAUAGCGACAGCAGCGGCCCGGAAGAUAUCGCUAUUGCUAAUAAGUUCGCCGCUUUGGGGCAGGACAUGUAGAAAUAUAUUAAUGAAAUAUUAAUUUUAUUUCAUCACAGUUAAAAACAACACUAAACCCUACUCAUAGUGUUGUGUUCCUGCCGGUGAGUAAGGUUGUCAGAGCUCAACGAGGGGGGAGGGGGUUUGGGUCGGCAACGCGUAUGUAACUCCUCUGGAGUUGCAGGCGUACAUAGGCUACGGAGACUGCUUACCAUCAGGCGGGCCGUAUGCUUGUUUGCCACCGACGGAGUAUAAAAAAAAAAAAGCUACUUCAUCCAUAUCAUAACAUUUGUAUAAUAUAUUCAGAAACAAUAAUCUACGGCCUAUAUUAAAAAAAACCUGUAUCUGUGGCUGCAUCUUAAUUCAA